AUGAGAAACCAAACCGAAGACGUCUACAUCAGUCAGUUGGCGGGUCUGUACGAAGCGAUGAACGCUGGAGUCACCACAAUCCUAGACCAUGCGCACCACAUCUGGUCCAAUGACACCACCGAGGCGGGUCUGACUGCCACCAUUGACAGUGGUGCUCGGAUGUUUUGGUGCUACACCUUCCACAAUGUGACGAAUUACACUUUUACCGAGCAAGUGAACAAGUUCGAGGAACUCGCCAAUAGCGGCCGCUUCGACGGCACGGCCACCAGCCUCGGCAUCGCCUACGAUGGGUUCAACCCUGGUAGUCCGGCCGAGACCGAAAAGGUCAUUGAGCUGGCCAAGGAAUAUAACGUCUCGGUCAUCACCACUCACUCCCUGCAGGGUAUCUGGGGAGCCAUCAACUCGCCGGAGGAUCUGAAUGAUCUGGGGAUCCUUAACACCACCAUUCCCGUGGUCUUCUCCCACGCAAGUUUCUUGACCGGCGAGGGCGCAUCCUUGUUGCGCAGCACGAACCAGUAUAUCUCUAUCACCCCCGAAUCGGAGAUGCACUACGGCCACGACCAUCCCCACAGCCACCUGAUCCAGGACCAGGCCGCCUUGGGAGUCGACACGCACUUCACCUAUUCGACCGACAUCCUGACGCAGGCACGGCUCUGGCUUCAGAGCGCCCGUGUCGCCUUCUACCGCUGGGUGCUGCAGAACUGGAACAUUCCGUCCAACAACCCCAUGUCCGUCGACCAGGCAUUCCUACUAGCCACGCGCAAGGGCGGUCUUGCCCUGCGCCGACCCGACCUCGGCGUCAUCGCCGUGGGAGCCAAGGCCGACGUGGUCGUCUGGGAUGGUAACACUCCCGGUAUGCUCGGCUGGGACGACCCUGUGGCGGCCGUCAUCUUGCACGCCAACGUGGGCGACAUCAAGCAUGUGCUCGUCGACGGUAAAUUCCAGAAGCAGGACGGAAAAAUUGUCAGCAGCACUUACCCGGCCGUACGCGAGCGCUUCCUCGCCACCGCGAAGAAGAUCCAGGCGAUCUGGAAAACCAAGGCCUACCCCGUUUUGGAGGGUGAAUUCCCCGAGUCGGGCUUCUCGUACGGUCGGGUUCCGCUCGCCGAUACGCAGACUGGUGAGGGUAAUGGGUAUGGCGAACAGUUUCUGUGA